AUGAUGAGAGAGUUCCAAACCCCACACAAGGACCAUGCUCUGCCUCCUCCCAAGCUCUCCGCUCGCGUCUCCAAGAAGACUGUUCCGAAGAAGAAGAGCUUGAACUCUGCGUUUUCUUCAAUCUCCGAAGAUCUACAAGUCCCGCACUCGGUGGAUUCCACUCCGAUCUCUGUGAUUUCUGAGAUCGACGAGGUCAAUCGUGAUGUCGAGAUCACCGAGAGUCUGACGACCCUGCCAGAUCCAUCUCUCUCAGCUUCAACAGAGACCUUGUUCACUUCUGAUCUCUCUCCGUCUUCAGAGUCCACGAUUUCAAGCCAUGCCUCUUGGAGUGUUGCUAAAUGUGAAAAUGAUGGCUCAAAGUUUGGUUCUAUUGGGGCUGAGGUUGUAGCAAGCUUUCUCAAGCAAGCUCGGACUCAGGUCUUAAACUCUGCUGGUGUGGAUGCCAAAUCCAAGAAGCAUCUGGAUGCAUUGGUUGAGAUUGUGAUAGAGGACUGUGCCUGAAGAGAGGGACCGGAUUGCUGAACUUCUUUCAGCAAAAGCUAAAAUACUGGUUGUGUGUUCUUUGCUAUGGAUCCUUGCAAUGGCUGUCUAUAUGGUGUUCAGCU